AUGUAUCGUCAAUUAUCAACAUUAUCUGUAUCAUCUCUUCUUAAAACAUAUUCAUUACCAAUUGAUGAUAAACAUAUUAAUUCAAAAUUUAUACCUAAAUAUCGAUUAUCAUUAAUCGAUCAUGAAACACCUGUUGAAAAAUUACGUUUAUCUUCAUUAUCAUCAGUUAAUAUUUAUAUUAAACGUGAUGAUCAACUUGAUUCAUAUUCAUGUGGAAAUAAACUUCGAAAACUUGAAUUUCUUUUUGCUGAUAUACUUUCACGUCCAGAAUGUCAUCAUAUAAUAACAGCUGGAUCAUUACAUAGUAAUCAUUGUAAAGCUGUAUCUGUACUUGCUGCACGAUUUCAACGACAAGCUCAUGUUCUACUUCGAACUGAUCGUGAUAAUGAAGAUGAAAAUAUUUUACAAGGCAAUGUACUUUUAAAUUAUUUAUUAGGUACUAAAUUAUAUUUGAUACCAAAAAAAGCUAAUAUUCAACGUGAUAUUGAACCAAGAAUGAAACAAUUAGAAGAAGAAUUAGGUGGUAAAGAUAAAUGUUAUUUAAUACCAAUAGGAGGAUCAGAUAUAGUUGGAAUAUUUGGAUAUUUCGAUUGUUUUAUACGUGAAAUAAUUCCAUUAAUUGAUAAACUUAAUCUUGGUCAUCUUGUUGUACCAGUAAGUAGUGGUGGUACAAUGGAAGGACUUUCUCUAGCAAAUUAUUUUACUGGUAAUCGUUUACGUAUUCAUGCAUUUGCUGUAUCGGAUAAUCAAAAUUAUUUUAAAACUCAUUUUAAUACAAUUCUUAGUCAAUUAGAACUUGAAAAUUUAAUUCAAUUAGUUGAUAAUGAUAGUCUUGUUGAUAUUUGUGAUUCAUAUGUUGGUUUAGGUUAUGGUCGUAUGACAAAUGAACAAAUAGAUUUUUUACAUAAUAUUAUAAGUGAAACAGGAAUACUUUUUGAUCCUGUUUAUUCAGGUAAAUGUUUAUGGGGUUUAUGUGAAGAAUUACGAAAUAAACAUACUGAUCGAUUUCCAAAUGAUGGAAAAAGUAUUUUAUUUUUACAUACAGGUGGUUUACUUGGUCUUAUGAAUCCAGAUUAUAAUAAACAAUGGUUAUUAUCAAGUAAUAAUCAUCCAAAUAAUCAUAUUCGUAAUUGGAUGACAUUAUAA